ACUGGUUCACUUCCUGUAGGGACUGAACACCAAGUGAGGAGAUGAAGGACACCAUACUACACCAGAGAAUACAGAGAGGAUAGACACUGCAGACAGAUCCUGACCGUCAUCCAAGGAACAACUGCACAACUGUGGGAAGAUAUCCAGUCCCUUCACAGCAUUGCUCAACACAGAGCAGAUUGGGCAGUGAAACCAUCAUUUGGAAAUCGGUCAGGUCAGGGGAGCUUUGACAUAUCAUCAAAUCUGAAACUGGUCAGUGGUGUGGAACCUUCCAUCAGAACCAACCUUUCUGAAGGUUCGGCUGUGGGCAAUCAGUCAGGGUGAGGCUGGGAAGAAGUGUGAGUGGCUCCAAGUGUGGUGAGAGUUUCAAUCAUUCAUCGAGCCUCAUGAACCACUGACUAUUUCCUACAGGUGAGAGGCUGUUCAAGUGUGAGGUGUGUGAGAAGGACUUCACAGGUUCAAAAAAGGGAAGAUGCAACUGUUGGACCACCUGUAACACUAGGAAAGCUACAUGGAAGUGAAACCAUUCAAGUGUGAGGUGUGUGACCGAGCCUUCACACGGCCAUCGACACUCGUGCAACAUCGACGUAUUCACACUGGGGAGAGGCCGUUCAAGUGUGAGGUUUGUAACAAGUGCUUUGCACAAUCUUCUGGCCUGGUGAUUCACAGGCGCAUUCACACAGGGGAGAAACCAUACACAUGUGAAGUGUGCGGAAAAUCAUUCACACAGUCAUCGAUCCUUCGUGUACACCAACACAUUCACACAGGGGAGAAACCGUUCCCAUGCAAGUUUUGCCACAAAUCUUUCUCAAAGUCAUCGCAACUCCUCAUGCACCAACACAUUCACACAGGGGAGAAACCAUUCAUCUGUGAAGUGUGUGACAAAUCAUUCUCACGGUAUUCGUCGCUCCGCAUGCACAAACGCAUACAUACUGGAGAGAAUCCAUUUACGUGUGAGGUGUGUGUCAAAUCAUUCUCAAACGCAUCGUCCCUCCGUGUACACCAACGCAUUCACACUGGCAAGAAUCUGUUCAUAUGCGAGGUGUGUGAGAAAUCAUUGUCAACCUCAUCAUCCCUCCGUAGACACCAGUGCACUCACACAGGUAAGAAGCUGUUCACAUGCAAGGUGUGUGACAAAUCAUUCUCACGGUCAUCGACACUCUGCGAACACCAACGUAUUCACACAGGGGAGAAACCAUUCACAUGCGAGGUGUGUGGCAAAGCCUUUACACAGUUAUCGCACCUCCUGGUCCAUCAGACAAUCCACACAGGGGAGAAACCUUUCAGUUGUGAGGUUUGUGAUAAAGCUUUUGCAACAUCUACGAGGCUCCUGAUGCACCAGGGCAUCCAUACAGGGGAGAAACCCUUCAGGUGUGAGGUUUGUGAGAUGGCUUUCACCCAAUCCUCUGAUCUCCUCAGGCACCAGAGGAUUCACACAGGGGAGAAAUGCUUCAUGUGUGAGGUGUGCGACAAAUCAUUCUCACGGUCAUGGAACCUCCUGCUCCAUCAGAGGAUCCAUACAGGGGACUAAACCUACAAGUGUGAGGUUUGCAAUAAAUCUUUCAUGACAUCUUUAUCCUGGGACAGCAGAUGAUUUGCACAGGGGAGAAAUCCGUCUGUGAAGUGUGUGACAAAUCAUUCUCACGGUAUUCGUCGCUCGGCAUGCACCAACGCAUACACACUGGAGAGAAUCCAUUUACGUGUGAGGUGUGUGUCAAAUCAUUCUCAAACGCAUCAUCUGUGAGACAGACUUCAUCCAAUCUUUCGAUCUCCUAAAUCACCAGCAGAUCCACAGCGGAUGGCUGAAGAUUUUCCAGAUUGGUCAUGAGCUGCACCUGGAAUUCCUCUCUUUGGUCAGGCUGUUUUAGGGUUGAGAUAUUGAUCUUCUUCCCCUUGGACUUUUGGGGCUUGUGAUGUCUUGGUGCUGGGUGGAUGUUCAUCACCAAUCGAACAAGUCGACAAUCUAUCCAGCAGGCAUCAGGCCCCCACAUGGAUCGAGUGAUAAAGACAUCACUCAGAACUUUGACUUGGCUUUAGACCUUCCAGAGGAACCUCUGACAUGGUCUUUGUUUCCACAGAAAUUUGAGAAAAAUAUGAAGAACACCAGGGACUCUUCAUUACAUUUGUCGACAUGGUCAAAGCAUUUGACUCAGUAAAUCGCGAGGCUCUGGAUUGUUCUCCAAUGAUUUGGAUGUCCAAGAAACUUCAUCACAAUCCUGCAAUUGCUUCAUGAUGAUAUGACUGCAACUGUCUUGAGUGGGAGAUCUGAAACAGAAGCCUUGGAAAUCCAGACUGGUGUCAAGCAAGGCUGUAUGAUAUCGCCCAUUCUAUUUACAAUCUAUCUUAUAGUGAUUAUUCACCUUAUCAAAGAUCAACUGCCCUCUGGUGUCAGUAUUAAAUACCAUCUAGAUGGGAAACUCAUUUACCUCGGUUGCCUCCAUGCCAAAGCUAAACUGACCACCAUAGAUACACAUGGUCUACAAUUUACAGAUGACUGCAGUGUCGUUGCCCACUCUGCAACAGAUUUACAAACCACUCUCGAUCUCUUCAAUUCUGAACAGAAAGAACUCAAAUAAAAACAUUAAUUGCUGGAAAAAU